CUUAAGCAAUCCCUCUGGCUCGCUCCUCCUGUUGACUUCCUCUGACAGUGGACUGUUUCUACUCCACCUGAGGAACCAACAUGGCUGCUGAUUUAAAACUCGCAGCAACAUAACGAGCCACAGCGACUCACCCCAAUAGCUCUCCCUCAAGGAGCCCGUGCUUAUGCUAGUAGAUUAGUAAAGUAGCACACAUCAUGUCAAUGUCAGUCGCUUAACUUCCACUACACUUCCCCGCUCAAGGUGGGGUUGCGUAGCUGGAAGACUGAACAAUCGCUGGAUUGGUUGGCUCAUUGCCGUUGCUAAGACGUCUGUUGCUUGAUGCCAAUCUGAUAGAGUCACUGCUCAGUGCUGUUCAAAGCAAAACUGCAGAGACAUCACUUUCUCUUUCCUCCAACUUCUACACACCAUUACUAUAUCCUCCUCUCCUCUCCUCUCCUCUCCUGCUGCUAUACUGAUCCCAUGCUCUAAAACUGAUCCCUCUGAGACAGGACACGGGAGAGGGAACCAUUUUGGACUAAAAUGUAGAGAACUCUACAUUUUCACCAAAUGCACUGUGGACUGAUUUCAUCAUUUAUUUAUGCAUUGUGCCCCAGAAUGCCCUUCAGUCCUACAGAGAGGAAAGAAAACAACCACACACACACACACACACACACACACACUCACACACACACACAUCAGCGUUGUCAGGGCUUUUGGAAGGAACAUAGGAAAAGCUGCUUCAAGGGGUCCAGCUCAGCCACUCAAGUGUGUUAAAUCUCUCAUCACACACCCACUCCUGCAGAGGGAGUGGAAGAGAGAGAGAGAGAGAGAGAGAGAGAGAGAGAGAGAGAGAGAGAUGGAGAGAGAUGAGCAGAGAGUCAAAGAGCGAGGAAGUGGGAGCAAAGAAUAGAAUUACAAGAAAAAGAAGUAGUGAAGAAAAGAACGGGAAGAGGCUGAUAUCGAUUAACGACGGCGAGCUAUCUGGAUACAUGCUGCAUGUAGCUGAUGGAGAUUGUGAACACGACCCCAGUAGCCACUCCCUCGUUAUGUCACUCAGAAUUAAAUGACCUUUUCUUCACAUUUAACAGUCCAGCAGUGAUAAGUAACAAUGUACAUUUUUUUAUAUAUACGUAUUGUAUAAGUACAAUUUUGAGACAGUGGUGCUUUAUUUAGUAUUUUGUGUUAACUAGUGAGCUUUAGAUGUUCUACUAGAGGGAUUUUGUUAGCUUUGGACAGAGUCAGGAUACUCAUUUCCCCCUGUUUCCAGUUUGUAAGGGAAGCUACGCUAAACAGCUGCUGGUUGCUGCUUCAUAUUUACGGCACAUUCCUCUCAUGAUUCUCUCAUUUUAUUCUUAGCAAGAAGGUAAAUAUGCGUCAAACUAUUCUUUAAGUAAAGGAUCUGGGUGCUUCUUCCACCUAUUGACAGUAUAUGUAGUUUCCACCACUGCUGGUCAUAUUGGGUCUUAAAUAUAUAAAAAUGGAGGCAUGACCGUGACAUGCUAGGAAAACUAAUGAAGCUGCUGGAGAGGAUAUAUGUGUAAUAAAUGUUGGGGACAAGUGGGAUUUUUCUAGUUUUGUUAAAUGACUGAUUUAUCUUUGCUCGGCCUCGACUGUCUGUGCAGAUCGACACAAAGGUUAAAACAUUUCAGCGCAGCCACUAACCCACCAGUGUCCCCAGUCUAGUUAGUGUCAGUCUGGCUGAUAGAGAGAAAUGGUGUGGCAGAGGCUGCUGCUUAUCUGCUUUGUCCUCAGCAUCUGCCUUUACACACACACACACACACACACACACACACACACACACAAACACACACACUCCCUAUCCUCCUGUUAGCCUCAGUCCCCUGUCUGUCUGCAGCAUCAGAUACCGUUCGACACAGCACUGACAUCUCUCUCUCUCUCUCACACGCACACUCAAUUUUCCGCUGGCUUUCAGUGUUUUUGGCAGCACAUGUAACCAGAGAGAAGACUCAUCCAUCCGUAGCGUAUUCACUCUGCUAUACAUAACUAAGCAAAUAUACUGAUCCCCUGUUUAAUCCCCUCCCUUCUCCCUGUCAUUCUGGUCCUUGACUCUUUCCUUCCUCGUUCCUGGAAAAUCCUGUGUAUCUGUCAAUCUUUUUUUCCUCUCCCUUCUCUUAAUUUCUUUCUCUUCCCCUGCAUGGCUGUUGUGCAAUCCCUCCUUCUCCCAUUUACUCUCCCAUGCAUGUCAAUGUUCUCUCUGUCCUGUCACUCUCUUACUCUUUCCCCAUCCCUCUCUCCUCCUAUUUCUCUUCCUCAGCAUGGACGUUCAGAAUUUUCAUGGGAAGGAAUCAAUCUGUCUAUGGAAGACACCACGUCAAUACUCCCUCGGCUCAAGAGGAACUCAAACGCCUACGGCAUCGGGGCUCUGGCUAAGUCUUCUCUGUCAGGUGUGUCAGGGGUUUCCCGCACCAUGAAGGAGAGAGUGACCAAGCCCACAGCCAUGGCCCAGGGUCGUGUCGCUCACAUGAUCGAAUGGCAAAACUGGGGCAUGCAGACGGUGGGCGCAGGGGGCAUCCCCCAGGCCCGCAUCACUACCCAGGAGCGGGAAAAGGAGCGGCGGCUGGAGAACGACGCCUACAGUGACCUCAGUGAUGGGGAGAAGGAGGCCCGUUUUGCUGCAGGCAUCCUACAGCAGUUCGCGAUCUCACAGGCAACACUCAUGGCCUGGUCGUCGAUGGAUGGAGAGAGCCCGCGGUCGGGCUCUAACCAGGGCAGCGUGGCUCAUCUGAGUGAGGUCAACCAGGAGAGCAUCACCAGUCGAGAUCAGAUAUUGCACCACUCCUCAGCAGAGGUGUGGCCUCACACAUAUGUCUCCCAGGGCCACUACUGCCUCUCCUCCUCUGAUGCCUGGGAGCCGAUCAACAACGAUUCCUCCGGUGUGGCGUCUCCCCCUACUGGCUCCUACGUUAUGGGGACUGAUGGGUAUGACGGACAGGCGGCCGCUCACUUCCUGUCGCAGCAACAGCAGCAGCAGCAGUUCACUCUCCAGCAGCAGAGUCAACUACAACAGCUGCAGCAGAUUCAACAGAUCCAGCACUACCAGCAACAGCAGCUCCUGCAGUAUCAGCAACAACAGUCGCUGGAGCACAGGCUGCACAGUGCCAACCACUCUUUGCAAGCGACCCCCAACAGCACCAUCCACAGCCUGGUCCAUUCAGUUCACCCACCGCUGGUCGAUCUGUGGAACACGGGGCAGAUGGAGGCCUAUCAGACGGAGACUGGAGGCUACAUGGGCGUGUCAGCGAUCGUGGAGCCGAGCCUCUGUGUUCCCUAUGGAGAUGAGAUGGUGGGAACAGAGCACUCCCCACUACUGGAGCAGCAGGAAGAGGAGGAGAUCAAGGAGGAAGAGAUGACACUGUGCAUGGAGCCAGAGUCGGCCACGUUGACUCCGCCCACGCAACAAGGGGAUGCCUCUGGUGGCAGUAGUCCGGGGCAACCGCCGGCAGAGCCAAUCACAGAACGGAAGGCCUCCGAUGUCACCUCCAGCUUCGUUCAGACACUAGAGGAAAAGAACGAGGAGGGGCCAGCCGCCUCUAUGGCAACCAACUAAGUUCCUGGCUGUCAAGAGACUCCUUAUUACAAACUGACCGGGGAGUCAGCGAGGAAUGAGCGUAAUAAUAAUAAUAUAUAUCUAUUAAUCUGUUCCUUUUCAGGUAUCAAAAACAAGACUUUUUUUGGUUGCGAGGUGAAUUCUUCAAAAUGGUGAGAAACAGAUUUAGACGUGGACUCACUACGAGACAAAAGCUGAUGCAAUUUAGGACACCUAUUUCUUUGUAAGCCUUACAUCCCAAAGGUAACUGAAGAGAGGGACGAGGAGGAGGAGGAGGAGGAAGAGAAGCAUCAACUGACUGAGACAUUUCCAUCAGGGAAAUGAAACCAAGUUGAGACGAAGAGGAGGGGAACUGAAACAUGCAUGCUUUUUAUGAAGACAAGCAACUCGACCCUGUCAUCGUCUUAUAAUAAUAAUGAAAAUCUAUGAUAAUAAAACAUUAUAAUAAGAAUAAUUUUGUAAUAAAGCAAAAAAAGAACAAGACAAAAAUCUAUGUAUAAGUGUAUGAUAAGAUUUAAGAGUUUUCCUAUGGGAGAACUACUUUGUUUACAGCUGUUACUCGACAUAUUAGUGUUUAAUCAAAUUAAUUUCCCCGUUGCAUUGAACACACACCGUAUACGUUAAUAAUGGCAACCCAAACAUUUUCACGUGUAAUUAAAGCAGGCUCAGAAAAUGUCAGCGUUUCAGUGAAAUGCAGAUUAACCCUAAAAUAAAUUCUUCUACGAUGUUGUGGCACCAGGAUGCCCGAGGCACAACCCAGGGACAGGCCUGUCCUGCCGACUGCACACACUAAACUCUGCACAGAUAAGGAUUGUACUGUAAGAUAGUGUGCUUCCUACUCUGUCUCUCUGUAUGCAUGUUUCUUCAGAGUACUAUGGAGUACCUGUACUAUACAGCACUGUAUAGACUUUGCACUGAACCAUAGUAUCCCAGGUGGGGCCACAGUGGGCCUGCGGCGGGUGUGAGCGGCAAGUUUCGUGACAGAGAAAUAAAGACAGAGCUGCAUAAGCGAAUCUCUUUUGCACUAAUGCAAUCCAACAGAUCAGAGGUUGCCUUUGGACGGUCAGCGUUACCCCAGUUCCCACUCUGAAAGCUUUCAGCACCACCGACAACCAAAACCGAGCCACUUAACAACACAAACCCUCAGCUGCUUUUUUUUUUUUUUUCAUAGACGUAGUUGCGAUACAUUGAGGAUGAUAACCACUAUUUGAAUGUACUGGAAGACAGAUGGCAGUACAUGAUGUCUCCUCGUGGUCCACAUGGAACAGAAUAAAACCCUUUCUUAAGAAACAAAGAUAAACAAGCGAAUCAUUCAAACGUGUGGGAGUGGAGCUGUUGAAAGUUGAUUCACUGCUUGCUCACCUAGACCACCACUGCACACACACACACACACACACACACACACACACACACACACACAGAACACACAAAACAUACAAAUAUCUAAAUUGUAACCAGCAAUAGGCAGGCAAAACACUGGCUUCCCAAAAGACCAGUGCCAGCUCUGUCGUAUAGAUGUAAAUAGUCUGAGUAUAUAAAAAUCGCCUCUCGCUCACAGUCAACUGUUCGAGUACAGUAUGAUUUCUUUAUUUUUUUACACUUCUCAGUCCCACUUUAUUUUGGGAUUGUUCUCAAGCUCACACUUCAGGCCUGAGUUUUGUUUUUCCUCAUGUACCACCACACAAAGACAAAAGAAACGGAGGAAUGUUUGCGUUGUAAAUAGAGUUGUUCACUCAAACUGGAGUCCAUCAGUGGGGGAGACAAAGAACAGUAGUAGGUCUGAGUUCACGUGGGGGGGGGGAAUUACAGCCUGUGUGCCGUUCAAUCAGCCGAUCAGGGAAUAGAACAGAAGACUAGGACUGAACACUAGAGCCGAAUAGAUCGGUGUCUUCCUGCUCAUCGUGAUUACUGUGAAGCAGCUGCCUGGAGUGUGAUAGUGAUUAUUAAUGAUGUUUGAGGAAGCAUGUUUCCAUUUAUUUAUUUUGACUUUUUCCUUUCGCCUGAGGAAGAAUGGGUGUUUUCCAGCGAAGACGGGAGUUAAGAGUGAAGAACACGGACUCACUGACAAACUUUACAACAAAACACAACCACUGUUUUCAUCUUUACUCUGUUGGAGGAGCACCUUCUCCUCUCACUUUGAUGAUUGUGUGAGAAACUUUCAAGAUAAAAAAAAAAACAAGUUUAUUGACUUGAAUGAAUUUAUUUAUUGAUUGCUUCUUUAUGCAAUGUUGGGGACAAUGUUUAUUUUUCUACUGACUUGUUGAAAAUCCCUUCCAGUAUAAGUUAGAAUAGGUGUCAUGGUUGUAAAGCGGUUGUGUUUGGCCGGUUUUGAGCACUCUACAUUGACAAAAAACCACCUUGUUAAGAUUUAGAGAUGGAUAGUUUGGCAGCUCUUGAUUAUAAGAAAUCUAUCAUCAUUUUAUUUGACUUCAAGGACCCGUAUGUUCAGUGACUCAUAAACACGAGAGGGCUCAAAACUGAAAACAUAUUGUCUUUACACAAUGGCACAUAUUAAUUUAUUUAUUGAACAAUUACUUGGUGGGGAGGAAUAAUGUGACAGCUUGUACAGAGUCUAUACUUUCAUGUAGGUACCAACCCUUCUGGGAGCAGUAUCUUUUUCUUUAUGAGUCUCUUGGACAUAAGACAUAAUGUGGUGGAAAGACUAUUGCUUUUUAUUUACUGAUGGUUAGGCUAAUUUGGUUCAUAAGGAAUUAUAAGGACGGAUGAAAAGAAACUGCUUCAAUUUGGGUUAUUUUAUUGUUUUUUUUGUUGGAAAUCUCAAUGAAUGAAUAAACUAAUAACAAGAAGCCAAAUAUAUUUAUGUGGAUGUUAAGGUUUACUGAUCACAGCUUUGUUAACCGACCGGUUUGCAAUUGAGUUCCUCUUUUUGUAUAAUUCUACUGCCAUCUUCCAAGAGUUACAGUAACUUGUCUGCUGGCAUGACGCUCAAAAUCUGCUUCUGGUCCUCUGCCUUUCUCCUUUCUCUCUCUUUCUAUCUCUUUGUAUCUGUUCUGUAUAUUUGUGUCCGUCUGUAUGUCUGUCUGUCAGUGUACAGUAAGUUGUCUGCUGUCUUGUUUGGAAGAAUCACUGCCUGUAAAAAAAAAGAAAAAUAGUUUCCACAUCAACCAAAGGGGAUUUGAGGCAAUCAGACAUGUAAAAGAUUUAAUUUGGAAAUGUGUGGCAAAUAAAAAAAAAUGCUGUAAAAAAGUGCUGUAAAAUAAUUGGAUGGCUUCUGUAAAAGUCUGUAUAAAAUUGGAUUUAUUUGUAUGAAAUGAGGCAGUGUGACUGGUGAUACCAGUGUACACUCAUGGCACUCUCACCUAUGCAUGCUUGUUGGACGGUUGUCACAGGACGGUUCUUCCACGUGGUCCCCCCCCUUCUGUCAACAACUCUCCAUUUUUUCCUGUUUCUCUUCCUUUCCCCUCUUUUUCCUGCACGACACAGAACCUCCUACACCACCCCGCCCCCAAACCCCCUCUCUCCCUCCUGCUCCUUUACCUGUCUCCUCUUCUUUUCCUCUGGUGGAGAAAGAGCAAAUAAACAAACCGACAAAUGGCA